AUGUCCUUCUUCCGAAUAACCCUCCACCGGUCGAGCAUCGGCCUGCCCGAGCGCACCCGUGGCGUCCUCAACGCCCUGGGCCUGCGCCGCCGCGGCCGGACUGUCUUCCACCCCGUCAGCCCCCAGUUCGCCGGCAUGAUCUUCAAGGUCAAGGAGCUCGUGCGCGUCGAGGAGGUGGACAAGGCCUUGACGAAGAGGGAGUUCAAGGCGUCCCGGACGCCUGACCCCGGGUUCUAUGUCGAGAAGGCGAGGACGAGGGUGGACAUGGGCGCUGGCAGACAGACAUGA